CAGUAGUGUUGGAACUUCUCUUGCAACAGUGGACCUGUAACUCCUGUUUAGAGCCAACGGCUUGGUUUAUAAUGACCGAAGUGCAUAAAGAGGAGUUCGGCACUGCUCUGGGUCCAGUGGAGAGAUGGAUCCUGCGGUCAGCGAGUGUCAGUGUGGAGAUCAUUUCUCUGGGCUGCGUGAUAAAGUCCAUCAAAACAGCAGAUCGCAGCGGUCAAAGUGCGGAUAUAGUGUUAGGAUUCGAUGAUAUAGAAGGUUAUUUCUCUAAUCCUCGCUACUUUGGAGCUGUUGUAGGCCGGGUUGCAAACCGCAUAUCCAAGGGCCGUUUUGUGAUCGAUGAGAAGGAAUAUAAACUAGCUAUAAACAAUGGACCCAAUGCUCUCCAUGGAGGACUGAAGGGCUUUGACAAGGCUGUGUGGAGCACAGAGGCAGUGGAUAAUGGAGUGAAACUGAGUCACAGUAGUCCAGAUGGUGAUGAAGGCUAUCCUGGAAACUUAAAGGUUUCUGUCACCUACACGCUAGAGAAGAGCACACUGAGCGUGCUGUACCAUGCACAGACUGACCAUACCACACCAAUCAACCUCACCAACCAUUCAUACUUCAACCUGGCUGGAGAGGGGACGCUAGAUAUUUAUGAUCACGAGGUGACUAUCUCAGCCGAGUCCUACCUGCCUGUUGAUGAUACAGUGAUACCCACAGGGGAGGUUAAACCUGUGAAGAAGACUCCGUUUGACCUGAGAAAGCCUGUCAUCCUUGGCUCUAGACUGAAAGAACUGUCUGGUCCAGGCUUUGAUCACAACUUCUGUUUGUAUUUACCUGGUGAACCUCCACUGGAGCGAAAAUGUGCACGAGUGGUGCAUCCUGGGACUGGUCGUGUUCUGGAGGUGAGCACUACCCAGCCUGGGGUUCAGUUCUACACCUCCAACUUUCUGGAUGGGUCGGUGAAAGGCAAAGGUGGAGCUGCUUACUCCAAGCACAGUGCCUUCUGUUUGGAGACCCAAAACUGGCCUGAUGCUGUCAACCAGCCCCAUUUUCCAGAUGCUCUGCUGAGGCCAGGAGAGACAUACUCGUAUACAACACGCUUCACAUUCUCUGUGGUGUGAAAUUACAGAAAGAUGUGAAAUAAAAUUGGUCAAACUUAAUACAGCAAUAAGCAGAACGUUACAUGACCAUCGUGUACUGCUACUUGAUAUUGUAUUUCUACAACUGCCCAUAAUAUUUGUGUUUCAGUAGGGCAUAUAUGUUCCUCCUACCGUAGAUAUUCUACACUAACAUGAUUGCUACUCUAAAAUGGUUUGAUAGGAACUAAAUGGAUUUAAUAAGAAAAUCUGUUUCCAGUAAUGACUCUGUAUUGAUUUAAGUGCAAUAUUAAAAUCAUGUCAUUUGAUUACAAAA